GGCGGGGGAAGAGAGCACUGGGCGUACGGAGGGGGCGGAGGGAGAACGAAGGGGACACUGAGGGACGAAGAGCCUUGGGGCCUGCGCUAGGGCGGGAGUGGAAGGAGAGCGCUCCUUGCUAUGUGCCCUAGAGCAUUGAUUAAGUUUCUGCGGCGUGCAGGACCCUACCCUUGAGCCCGCCGCCCCCAGCCCUUACAGGGUACUCUCGUGCUACGGAGUUGAGAAGUGCGGUCGGUGAAAUGGGAUGUGUAGCGGAAAAGUUGAACUUCCAGGCCCCUGGUGGGUUCUUUCCUGGAAGGACUUACUGAUCUGUGGUAUAAAAAGCCCCUGUCUCUCCCUACCGAUAGUACACAGUCCCAUAAUUGGGAAGGGAGGAAUGUGGGCGAAAAGUCCGAAUUUUAGAUUACUCGAGGCAGCCUUCUGGAAGAACAUUUACUGGGUGCCUACUUUGUGUAAGCCUUACCCCAGGCCUUGGGCCUCGCCCCAUGGGAGUUCUCUGGAGUGUGGGGCUGUAAACAAGGAAGAACUGAACUCUUGGGCUCCGGGUUGACUACUUUCAGGAAGAUACCUUAUUGGGUGGCCGUUGUGUGCAGGGCGCAGGCGACUCGUAUAUUAGUGAGGGAGUUGGGAUUUGUAGUUAAGAAAAAGUAACUCCUGGGCCUUUAGUGAAUCAUUUAUUCGAGGAACAUUUAUUGGAUAUCAGCUGAAAACAGAGUCAUGUGCUAGGCUGUGUUGUUGUGGAAAUUCACGGUCUAAUAGGAAAGUUGGCCUGGUGGAAGAAGUGGAAUGGGCACAGGGAGAGUUAAGCUCUCAUGGCCUCACUUCCUGGAGGGAGCAUUAUUCAUUCACAGAAUAUCUACUGAGUACCUGCUGUGGGCUAAUCAUUGUUCUUGGUGCUGGAACCACAUCAGUGAUGAAGAGACUAACAUCCCUCCGGGAGCUUAAUAUGAGCAACUUUGCAUGCCUGGGUGUAAGCUGAGUUCCACCAGCCCUCUGGCACUAACAGAUGAGUUAAAGACUGAGACAGUGGAGAUUGGAUUCAGAAAAUUAGCAGGGGGUGGGAGGGCAGUCAUUUACUAAAGUGCCUCUGAGCCCCUGCUGUGUAAAGAGGUCUGGGUUGAGCCCACGCAUGUAGAAGGGGAGACAGGGCACAUAGGCGGAAGUUCAGAAGUUAAAAAUCCCUGGCCUGGGUCCGUGGUUUUGUUGGUGACAUCAGCCCCUGCAGUGAAUCAGACCUGCCCUGCCUGCAUGCUCAGUCUGGAGAGGAGCACAGACCGCAACCCGGACUCAUGAUAGUUGCUAUGAUAGAGGUGGCACAGGUUACCAUAGGAACCCAAAGGAGGAAGGAGUGGAUGGACAUCACCCUGAGAAUGUAGAGAUGUUGUCAGAAAAGGCUUCACAAAGGAAAUGCUGGGCAGGAGUUUGCUGGACAAGAAGAGGAGAGAACUCUCUUGGCAGAAGGAAUGGCAACCGCAAAGACUUAGGACUCAAAAACAGGAUCUCUGGAGAACUCCAAGUCAUGGUUCUGUCUAACCUUUCUCAAGUACCAGGGUGUUUGUGGUCAGUACUACUUUUACCCCGUUUCACAGGUGACAAAACAGUCUCGGAGGAAGUAAGUGGUGGAACGCAGAUUCAAGCCAAGGGCGGUCCGGUCCAGAAGCCUGCGCUCUCAAACACUGCUGCAUGUCUGUGUGUACAUACAGUAGGAGGAACGGGGCUGAACAGUGAGGAAACUACAGGCAGACGAUGAGAGGCAUAAAGAGAGGUGUCCUUAGAAAGGGUGCAACUGGCCCUGCGGGUAAGGAGGGAGGGUGACGUCUGAGGCCAGACUGAAAGAGGCUGUCUCUCUCACAGAUGCCCGGCACCCUGGGGCAGGGGUCGGCUACAGAACCACAGGUUCAUUGAAGACUGAGGCGUGAGCACUGGAUGCAGGCUUGCCGAUUGACAGAGGCCGGCACUACUGUCCCUCCCCACCAUGGCAGAGGUGGCGGCUGAGGUGGCCGAGGCGGCCGAGAUGCCAACACAGAUGUCACCAGGGGCGAUGGAGACGUCAACACCGAUGUUAGGAGAGGUGACAGAGAUGUCAACAGAGGUGACCGAGAUGACACCUGGGGAGGCCCUCGCCUCCUCCCUUUUCUUCCAGCACCACCAGUUCAUGUGCUCUGAGUGCGGCAGCCUCUACAACACGCUGGAGGAAGUUCUCUCUCACCAGGAGCGGCAUGUGCCUGCUGUCACAGAGGAGGAGGCGCUGGUCACCCAGGAUGCUGGCCUGGAGCCAGAGCUCAUGGCGGGCACCGAGGAUGGGCCUUUCCAGUGUGGGGAGUGCAGCCAGCUCAUCCUGUCCCCUGGUGAGCUCCUGGCCCACCAGGACGCCCACCUCCGGGAGUCUGCGAGCCAGAUCCAGUACCAGUGUGGGGACUGCCAGGAGCUCUUCCCCUCUCCUGAGCUGUGGGUGGCUCAUCGCAAGGCCAGGCACCUUUCUGCUACGGCGGCCGAACCACCGGUGCUGCCCCCUCUGCCUCCCCCGGCACCGGCACCUCCCCUCCCUGCUCCACCCGAAGUGAAGAUGGAGCCCUACGAGUGUCCCGAGUGUUCCACUCUCUGUGCCACUCCCGAGGAGUUCUUGGAGCAUCAGGGCACCCACUUUGACUCCCUCGAGAAAGAAGAGCGCAAUGGGCUCGAGGAGGAGGAAGAAGAGGAGGAGGAGGAAGACGAUGAAGAGACGGAGGAGGAGGAGGAGGUGGUGGCAGAGGUUGGUGAUGACGCCAUGGGAGGCGACAGGGCCACAGCCGGCCGGGCCCGGGGCUGUGGGGACUGUCCCCCCCGCUGGACGUCAGCCGAGGCACGCCGGCGACACCGGCGGGCAUCCCGCGGCCCGGCAUCGACAGCCCACCCCUUCCACUGCGACCAGUGCCAGCGCAGCUUCAGCUCGGCGAACCGGCUGCUGGCUCAUGGGCGGGCGCACGUCGGCGGCACGCACGAGUGUACGACCUGCUCCAAGGUCUUCAAGAAAGCGGCGUCGCUCGAGCAGCACCUGCGGCUGCACCGCGGCGAAGCCCGCUACCUCUGUGUGGACUGCGGCCGCGGCUUUGGCACGGAGCUCACGUUGGUGGCUCACCGGCGGGCACACACCGCCAACCCCUUACAUCGCUGCCGCUGCGGCAAGACGUUCAGCAACAUGACCAAGUUUCUCUACCACCGGCGCACCCACGCGGGCAAGAGCGGGGCGCCCCCCGCGCUGGCGGCCGCCUCCCCGGCUCCGGCCGAGCCCUCGCCGCCGCCGCCACCGCCGCCGCCCCCCGCCCCGCCCGCCCAGCUGCCCUGCCCACAGUGCUCCAAGUCCUUCGCCUCGGCUUCCCGGCUCUCCCGGCACCGGCGCGCCGUCCACGGGCCCCCCGAGCGGCGUCACCGCUGCGGAGUGUGCGGCAAGGGCUUCAAGAAGCUGGUUCACGUGCGCAACCACCUGCGGACACACACGGGCGAGCGGCCCUUCCAGUGCCACUCGUGUGGCAAGACCUUUGCUUCUCUGGCCAACCUCAGCCGCCACCAGCUGACCCACACGGGUGCACGUCCCUACCAGUGCCUGGACUGUGGCAAGCGCUUCACGCAGAGCUCCAACCUGCAGCAGCACCGGAGGCUGCACCUGCGGCCCGUGGCCUUCGCCCGCGCACCCCGCCUCCCCAUCACCGGUCUGUACAACAAGAGCCCCUACUACUGCGGGACCUGCGGCCGCUGGUUCCACGCCCUGGCAGGCCUGCGACUGCACCAGCGUGUCCACGCCCGAGCCCGGACCCUGACCCUGCAGCCGCCCCGAUCACCACCUCCUGCCCCGCCCCCGCCCCCUGAGCCUCAGCAGACUAUCAUGUGUACGGAGCUGGGGGAGACCAUUGCCAUCAUCGAGACGUCCCAGCCUCUGGCACUUGAGGACACGCUGCAGCUGUGCCAGGCCGCCCUGGGGGCCGGGGAGGCGAGCGGGCUGCUGCAGUUGGACGCGGCCUUCGUGUGACGCAGCUGAAGAGCAGCAAUAAAAGAGUUUGGUUGCAACAACAAUCGUGGGCACCUCCGGGAGAGAGGGGACCACCCCCUGGCAAGCCACUCUGGCACCUGAUUGGGUGCCAGGAUCCAUCCUGGCCUCUUACCCACUGACUCCUCACAACGGCCCUGCCGGGUGUGUCUUGUCACUUUUCUCCGCCUCAGGGUAAACUGAAGCCCUGAGAUGGGACGUGAUCUGUCCCGGGUCCUCCCGGUGCGUUGCAGAGUAGCUUUUGCCGGGGCUCUUUGCUCCACACCUGUCACCCUGGUGCCCAGCAACGUCAGGUAACCUUUCCUGAGCCCCGACCACGUGCCAGACCUGUGCUGGGCACUGUUGCAUACCUCUGCGGGUUCUCGCUUGUUCCCAAGACUGUCACCUUCCCUGGACCCUGGGCAUACAGGACUUGGCUCUGCCUGGUGGAGAGAGAGGUACUUGACUUCUCUGGGCUUCCUUAAGCUCACUUUUGACAAUGUGGAAGGAAAUCUCUAGGUACCCACAUACUCAGCUGCAGGCUGGGUGAUGCUGGAACCCCGGGAAUGACUCAGACCCAGACCCAGGCUCUACCCCAGGAGACGCUCAGUGGCAGUGGAGUUCACACAAGUACAGAUAGAUGGCCUUGCUCUCUGAGUGUGUGUUAUUGAUUCAUUCAGCCUGGGAGUCCACGGGCCUCCCUCCCACAUGCCGGGCCAUGCCGGGGGCCAGAGAGGAGUCAGGCUCCUGCCCUGCCCCUGGGGAGCAGGCAGAUCUCAGUCCCGGGAUCCUCAGGACUGUGCUGGGGAUGCACAGGGACGGUGGGAUCCCAGAGCAGGGAACAAACCCCUUGGAGGAGGUAGUCCUUGUGGAAAACUUAGGAAUCCGCCAGUGAAAGAGGAAGAGAACGUAACAGGCAGACGACACUGCAGAGAGGGUGAGUUCUUGGUGUACUUGGAGACCGUCCAGUUACAGCCACAAUGACAGCACACAUGACCGCCUAGCCGUGGCAGGCACCACAGCUCGCACUGCACAUGAAUUGUGACCCGGCGGGCCCGUGUGGUGAUCUCCGCAUUAGCCCUGCUGUACAGAUGAGAAAACAGGGACAGGCACUCACCCAAGGUCUCACACUAGGCAGCAGUGUCGCUGAGAUUUGAAUCCAGGUGGUGCUUUCAGCCCACAUCUGUAACCAGCACCGUUGAGCGAGUGCGACGUUUGAAACCGGUGCAGGGGUAGGGAUGUUCAGGGGAUUUGCUACAUCUGGAGGAGAGGUGAGCCAGUGUCACCGAGCAGUUGGGGUUUGGUGAGGCCUUGAAAGAUCAGAGGCCUUAGGAACAAGAAGGGAUCCCCAACCUUUUUGAAGUCUACCUAGAGUGGCAAUCCUUCCCUCCCUAAACAGGAAUAGAUGAUUUAUGGCUGGUUCCUGGGGCAGGCUCCCACCAGGCCUCUACAGACCAAAGUGCUCAGGUGGGGAGGCCUGGACCUGGGAAGGCUGUGAAAGUCAGACUAAGUUGGGGUAGCGGGGAUGGUCAAAAGUGGGCCUUAGGGCUCCCCGGCAUCAGGGUGGGGCAGGGGGUUGGCUGAAGAUGGUCUAAGGGGAAAGGAUGGGGCCAGACCAGGGCCGAGGCCAUGGGAGUGGGAGGAGGGUGAGGCACAUCCUCACUGACCUCACGGCUGAACAGAUGUGAGCAGUAGGGAGGUAGGGGGGCCCCGGGAGUGCCCCUUGCCCAGACCAGCCCUUCUGUCCUGCUGUGGUCUCCUUGCUAGAUGCAUUUAUCUUACAAACAAGGUGAUAUCCAGAGGGUCUUGAGCAGGAAAGGCCAAGGAUUGUUCUGAAUAGUUUACAGGUGCCCGUGGGGCUGGCCCAAACAAACUGGAGAGUUCAGAUGCCACAGGAACAGUCCCUGAACUCUUUGGGACAUGUUCAAAACCCCUUCCCUUUUGGGGCUCAGUCGGUAGAGCACGCAACUCUUGAUCUCAGGGUCGUAAAUUCAAGCUCCCCGGUGGGCGUAGAGAUUACACAGUAACCAAGAAAAAAAACUUCCUUUUUUCUUCACAAGUGCAGUCCAGUGGAGGACGUAUCAGUUGCUCCUCCUUCCACUUUUGAGGCCUCCUGCCCUCACAUAUCAUUGGCACCAUAUGGAGGAGUGGCCAUUUCCCUCUGCCCGUGGCCCCACCAUGUUUUCAUGGAAGGGGAGGAGGGAGAGAAACCAAGUUCUCUGUGCCAACCUUCCCAGGCUUGUCACUUCCCAGCAUCCCUAGGUAUGGGCUGGCUAUGUGCCCUCUUUAAAACAAAAGAAAGCUUGGAGAUCUGUUAGGGCUUGAGGACAGCUACUCUGCCCGUCUGUGCCCACUAAGGGUCUACAUCUAGGCUGUUUUGGCCUGAGUGACCCCUCAUCAUUCAGUGUCCCUGUGAAACAGCAUGUAGCUUAGGCUAUGAGACAUAGAGCCAUUUGUUCAAAGUCUCGACUCCACCACUUCCAUUCUGUGGCCUUGAUCUCUGAUCCCAUUCUCUCAACUGUCGCCUGGGGAUGACAGUGCCUGCUUCCCUCCAGAUCAGUGCUGGGUCCAUGAGGCAGGCUCCCACCAGGCCUCUGCAGUGGAUAAGGCAGACUCAGUUUGUCACAUGUGCAGAGGGGAGCUGAGGCACAGGAAAGCUGGGCCUGUGAGGCAGGGCCGGGACUCAAGCCUCCAACAGCCCAGCGUGGUGGGUUCACUCAGCCUUGUUCCCCUGCCUGAGAGGUCCUCUCCCAGAACAGCCCCUCAGGCAUCACCCUCACCUCUGUGGAAACAAGGCAGCCAGACAGGAAGCAGGUUUUCAUGCCAAUAAUUUAUUGAACGGAGGUCUGUACACAGGCAAACCUUACUGUGGAAACUAAGACAUCAGGAGCUCCCCCACCCACCCACCCCCAGCCCUCCAGGGUUGGGAGAGGAGGGAGGAGACCUUAGGGGCAGAGGACAGGAGGGGGGACAGCUGUAGAAGGGGGACGGGCCAGGUUGGACGGUGUGAAUCGACGUUUUCUUUAAGAAAAAAAUUAUAACAAUCUAUUUACACCCGAGGGGGAAGGAGGAGCAGGGAAGGGAGGAGGAGUAGACGGGAUGGUCUGGUUCUAUUUACAAGGGACACAGGAGGGGAAGGGGGUUGGAGGAGUGUAGGCCUGGGAGGAGGGGAGGGGGCCGAGGGGGCAGGAGGUCCUCAUGCCUCCAACCCCCUGUCCUUCCUUCUCUUCCCUCCCCACAACCAGUUAAAAUCCUCUUAAAAAGCCCACCAUAGGGUGAGGCUGGUGAGGGAGGGACUGGAGGUAGGGACAGGGACUCAUUUACCUCUGCCCUCUAGUCUAGGGGCCCAGCCAGGUCAGGAGCUUGAUGGGCUAUGGUCCCCCUUCCCAGCCCCACUGGAGGCUCCCAGAUGGAAGGGUAGUUGGUGGGGCCCUCAGGAAGAGUUAGUGAGGGGAGCUGUGGCGUCGGUCGACUGCCAUUCCGAGCCGGUCUGAGCCUCACUUAAAGCUGAGGGGAAGGAAGAAGCAGACAGUUACCCUUUGCCUUGCAGACCUCCAUCCCUCCAAGAGCAGGAACUAGGUGGGGGAUGCUACAUCGGAAACAGACAGCUGCCACUUUGGGUCCAGGGUUGCAUGCUCAAAUGCCAAAGGGCCAGGUUGGUCAUGGACGGACUCCAGAGAGCCAGGCCCCACAUAAAAGAGGGCAGCUGGAACUUGGCCCCGCUGACAGCACCGCCCCAAGGAAAGGCAGUCCCGCACUGCCCAGUCGGAUUUUCUUCCCCAAGAGAGACAGGAAAUCUGAAUUUGUACAUGCAGUGGCCUCAACUUUUAAACGUGGACAACAAAUUUAACUUUUUGUUUGUGUGUGCAUGCCAAACGUUUGCCUUUGGCUUUCCAGUUAGCACUUAAACACAGACAUAGAUGAUAAUAGCCUACAAACGUGACCAUCAAGGCGUAUACGAUCAAAGUGUCAACAGUUUCCACACAUGUGCAGGGAACUCUGGGGCUGUGGGAACAGGCCCACCUCCCAGGCUGAGAAAGGCUUUCAUCUGCCACAGAUGGCCCCUGACUUACCUUGUGAGGAUGGAGUGAGGGUGGCAGUGCCCGCUGGGGACCUCAAGUGAGGAGGGAUGAGAAUGGCGUUGAGAGAUGGUUGGAUGGAGAGUUCUAGGGACAGGAAUGGACAUGCCCAGUCAGGAGGCAGGGCACUGGGAAACAGGGUCAGGGUUAGGAGGGGGCACCAGGUAGGGACCCAGCUCUUGGCAAGGGUGUAGCCACUGAAUGCUUUAAGUGAAAAACCAGAGGGAGCCUCGCACAGGUGAUCACAGGGCAUGGGUUAAGCAGGGUCAAGUCUCCUGUCUUGGAGGCAUCUCCUGAGCCCCCAGGCCCUUCCUGUAGCCCACCCUCAGCGCCCCACUCCUGUCUGUAACACCAAACACUCCUCCACAUUCUCUGCCUGCCCCUCCGGUUCCCCAGAUCCCAGGCUGUGCCCUCACCGCCAGGACUGAAAUUGAAGAGGGGGGGAAGCGGGCGGUUGUUGGGAAGCUGGGUUCCGUGACAUCGCAGUUCAUCAAAGAAGCUGUGGGCGCAGGCUUCCAGAGGGGACAGCCUUGAGGACGGCGUGUACUCCAGCAGGCUAGAGCAGAGCGCGAUGGCCUCCGGCGGCGUUCGAGAUUUGAACACCUUAGGGGGAGGGGACAGAAGUCACCAGGGUGAAAUGCCCCAGCACUGGGUUAGCCAGCAUCGUGCUGCUACGGGGCCUGCAGCAAACGUGACUGGGUCCCGCACACCCACUUU